UAAAAUUAAUAAAUAAUAACAGAUAGAUUGAGAUAAUUGCUAUAAUGCCGCAGAAUGAUACGAGUGACGAUGAAUCUGAUCCGCCACGGGUGUACCUCAACCCGAAUUCUCACAUCCAUAACAAUUCAGUUAUAUGUAGCCCGAUCAGUCCCUCCUCCUCCGUUUCGAGCUCUGUGAUAUUCGGACAAAUUCCCGAGGAGGUACUUCGCGCUUGGAGUCAACUACCGGAGGCGGUUCGCCUGGAUCCGAGUUUGGCGAUCUUUCAGAAGGAAUGUGAUCGAAUAACGGAAACGAGAUCUCUGGAUUACGUGAAGAAAGAAUGCCUGGUUGUGAAUAUGUCUCUUGAGAUGCAAUCCGCGGCAUCAAUCGGCGUACAAAAUCAAAACGAUGAAGACGGGCAGGAUAUGCAAAUGCAGGAGAGACAGAGGCCUUUUUGCCGUUACGCGAAGUUAAUCAUACUUUCCUGCUGUUGGCUUCUAUUCACAUUGAUAUUGAUGUUCAAAAAAGAAAGGAUUGAGACGAUGCAUCAGCUUUCUGUGUCUAACAGAGAAAGUAGGAAUUAUCGAAUCAGCGAAUAUGUUACAAGUACGUUGAUCAGCGUGACGAUGAAAGGACCAUUGCUGCCGUUACAAAAACACGAGCAGUAUUUACCUGCGAAUUUAUCCACGUGCUAUUUAAUGGUAUGGCUGCAGGUUCUGGUGGACGGAAAAACCAAUUCAUGUCUCUCCACUACGGAUUUGAAGAACUUGAAGAACGUAAGCGACGUGUGGACCUUGCCGGUGCUACCUGAAAAUUUGGCGACCAUUUUCCCCGACCAGAAGCAUCAGAAGACUUUCCAUAUAAAAGCUGACAACAGAAUCCUAUCGCAAGGCAUAAUGUUCAUCAAUCUGCGCUCGAAUUCGGAAUCCAUUCUUUCGCUUUCGAUAGGCUACGAUCCAUCGCCAAUAAAUGUCGAUAUCGGUAUACCGCUUGCCGCUGUUAUUUUGAUUAUCUUAUACAUCCUGAUAAUUUUCGAGGUAGUACACAGAGCUCUGGCUGCCAUGCUGGCAUCCACGAUGUCCGUCGCAAUGCUGGCGGCUCUAAAUGAGCGUCCGAGUAUGAGCGAACUGGUCUCUUGGAUAGAUAUGGACACGCUACUGCUACUGUUCUCCAUGAUGGUGCUGGUUGCCAUCAUCGCUGAAACUGGAAUGUUUGACUGGUUGGCAGUUUACGCUUACAAAAUAACCGCCGGAAGAUUGUGGCCAUUGAUAAUGGCCCUCUGCUUCUUCGCUGCGUUUCUGUCAUCAUUGCUAGAUAAUGUGACAACCGUGCUAUUAAUGACUCCGGUAACUAUUAGAUUAUGCGAGGUAAUGGAGUUGAACCCAGUACCAAUCCUGACUGCUAUGGUAGUUUAUUCCAACAUAGGAGGUGCUAUGACACCGGUCGGCGAUCCGCCGAAUGUCAUCAUCGCUUCCAAUCGGGAUGUUAAAAACGCCGAAGUUGAUUUUGGUAAGUUUGUGUUGCACAUGAGCAUCGGCGUGAUGUUGGUGUUGAUUGUGGUCAGCGCGCAAAUCCGCUACAUUUUUCGAGACAUCACAGUUCUUAGAUUCAACGAGCCGCAAGACGUACAGGAAUUGAGGCACAUGAUCGCUAUUUGGCAACGAGCAGCAGCGAGUCUGUCCAAUUACAGCAAGGACGAGAAUCUGGUAAGGGAAACGUUGCUGAAGAAAGUGCAACGUUUGUUGUCACAGCUAAAGAAGAAGCUAAGCACAGGGAGCACCGCGUUAGAGAAGUACAAGACUACGCUCGAGGAAUUACAAGAAAAGUAUCCUGUUAGGGAUAAAUGGUUGCUGGCAAAAUCUGGAUGCGCGUUCACUUUCGUGGUCAUACUCUUCUUUCUACAUAGUCUGCUUCAUUUGUCUUUGGGCUGGAUCGCUCUGCUCGGCGUUCUGCUGCUUCUGAUACUAGUCGACAGUGAGGAUUUCGAUGGUCUCAUGGCGCGCGUCGAAUGGAGCACUUUGUUAUUUUUUGCAUCGUUAUUUAUUCUUAUGGAGGCUCUUGCGCGUUUGGGUCUCAUCUCGUGGAUCGGCCAAAAGACGGAGGAUUUUAUUCUGUCGGUCAACGAGGAGUCCCGAUUAGCGGUUGCUAUAUUACUGAUGCUCUGGGUGUCGGCUUUGGCUAGCUGUUUUGUUGACAAUGUACCACUCACCACUAUGAUGGUGAGAAUCGCAACGAAUCUCGCCCAAAAUCGCGAGCUCGGAUUGCCUAUGCAGCCUCUAAUAUGGGCACUGACGUUCGGAGCUUGUAUGGGAGGAAAUGGAACUUUAAUUGGAGCUACUGCCAAUGUUGUUUGCAUGGGACUCGCGGAACAGCACGGCUACAAAUUCAAUUUCAUGCAAUUCUCCAGGGUAGGAUUUCCUAUCAUGCUAACGAGUACCAUAACAAUUAUGGUGUAUCUGAUGAUUGCUCACGUCGUCUUCGGCUGGAACGGAAAAUAAAUA